GCCACCGCUAAAACCCAUCAUCGCUAAAACCCUAGCAUUCACUUCACUUUGUUUCUCUCGUCUCUCUGCGUGUAAUUGAAGAAGACAUGGGCACGGGCAUGGACAUGGACAGUGAUGUAGAAGAGAGGCGAGUUCAAGUACGAUUUAUAACAAAAUUGAAGCCACCCUUUAAAGUCCCAAAUACUUCAAUUGCUAUCCCUGCUAAUCUCACCCGUCUUGGUCUCUCCACUAUCGUCAAUUCCCUCCUCAAAGCCGGGGAUGAUGAAUGGGAAUCGCAACCGUUUGAUUUUCUGAUUGAUGGGGAAUUGGUUCGCUUGCCACUUGAACAGUUUCUGCUUGCCAAGGGCAUUUCUGCGGAGAAGGUAUUGGAAAUUGAAUACACAAGGGCGGUAGUCCUGCAGAAAGAGGAUGAGCCUUCUUUACAUGAUGACUGGGUCAGUGCUGUUGAUGGUUCUUGUCCACGGUUCAUUUUGACUGGCUGCUACGAUAAUCUUGGGAGGGUGUGGAAAGCUGCUGGAGAAUGUACUCAUAUAUUAGAGGGACAUGGUGGUGCAAUUACUUCUGUCAGUGUUGUUAACUCAGAAGGGACUGAUAGUGUUACUGUAGCCACUGCCUCAAAAGAUGAAACUCUGAGGCUGUGGAAGUUUGAUACAGAGGAGCAUUUAGAUCAGCCUUCAAAGAUCAGGGCCUUCAAAAUUUUGCGUGGGCAUAAUGCAUCUGUUCAAAGUGUUGCAGCAGAGGCUUCUGGAAGCAUGAUUUGUUCUGGUUCCUGGGACUGUACAAUCAAUUUAUGGCGGACAAACGAGUCUGAUACUGAAGGUGAUUUAGUAUCAAUUAAAAAGAGAAAAGUGAAGAACAAAGCUGGAGAGUCUCAGUUGGAGGGGGGGGCUUUGUCUACACUUGUGGGCCAUACUCAAUGUGUAUCCUCGGUCUAUUGGCCAGAACCCAAUACAAUUUAUUCUGCAUCCUGGGAUCAUUCUGUUAGAAGAUGGGAUGUUGAGAUGGGCAAAGAUUUGUCGAACAUAUUCUGUGGGAAAGCCCUCCACUGCUUGCAUGUUGGAGGUGAAGGUUCUGCCCUUAUUGCUGCUGGUGGCUCUGACCCUAUCCUUAGGGUAUGGGAUCCACGAAAACCAGGAACUUCUGCCCCUAUUUAUCAGUUCUCUUCACAUAAUUCUUGGAUUUCGGCAUGCAAGUGGCAUUCUGAAUCGUUGUUUCAUCUGCUCUCUGCAUCUUAUGAUGGGAAACUCAUGUUGUGGGAUCUAAGAACUGCGUGGCCUCUGGCUAUUAUUGAUUCACAUGAGGACAAGGUGUUAUGUGCUGACUGGUGGAAAGGUGAUAGUGUGAUAAGUGGUGGGGUGGACUCAAAGCUCCGCAUAUCCUCUGGAGUUUCUGUGCUAUGAGCAGAAGAGAGUUCGAAUUGGUGUCAUCACGAGGAUGGAAGUCAUAAGAGGAUGGAUUAUUCAAUGAGAAACAUUCUCAUCUCAGUGCUCGGUUACCAAUGUGGCAGUGUGAUAGGGCAUAUCGGAUUUGUUCUCAAGUGAGGGAGCAGAUUGAAGGCUAUCUUUCUGCUUAAUGUCAAUUUCAUUCAAUCCCCAGUAAGAGCGUGCAUAAGAGAGUCAUAUGUCCUCUACAAUGGGAUUAUGUUGUAAUGGGAUUUUAUAAGAUUUUGUCCAUUGGAUACUUCUGCAGGAUUAAAUUUUGAUUCUUCGAAGAAAUUUUGAUCCCA